AGGUCUUUUUCGGUCAAGGAAGUAGGCUGCGUGCAAAAGUCUGUCACAUUGCAGCAUCUUUUCGUGCAUAGAAAGGCGAACCUCGCGGGUUUUUCAGUGUUAUCUUGUGCUCGUGCCCUGUGUGUGGGAAAGUGGGUUUUCGCACCGUAAAGAUAAUAAGAAGGAGGCAAGAGAAUAGUGUCAGCGCGGAGAAUUCAUGUCAGCGAACCGGAAGUACCGUGUGUGUGUUUUGCACAGUGCCAGGCAUGUUUGUCGUGUGUGACUAAGUGUAGUUCCCCAGUCGGUAGGAGCGAAACAAGGAAAGCCCUCAAUUUGCCAACAUUGCGAGGCCGUACGAGCCCUGCAAUCUUCCCGCAUCCCGGACCCGGUGUCCAGCUGCUAUGUCCGGCACCAUUCCUUACCAAUCGUUGCUAGUCAAAAACGCGAAGAGAAGACGGUGAGAACAAAAGAAAAGCCGCAAAGAACAAAACCCGUGGGUUGAGUGUAAAGGUCGUGUGUGAAACCGGGCGACCGUGAGUGAAGAUGUAGUUGAGAUCCGCACCACAAUUUAGCACCUUUAUUUGCGACGUGUCACAGAAACGAACAUACUGCAUGCCGCAGUCCCUUGGAAUCAUACAAAAUACCUGCUUCCUGUACGGUUUUUGUGUGAUUGACAAGAGUUGAUACAAGCGGCAGAAAUCAUCAAGGCGACAUUUUUGCAACAACGCGCAUCCUUUCUCAUACUCCAAUCGCAAUAACCACCACCGGUUCCUGUGCCCGACUACUUGGAUAUUAAAUUCAGCAGGGAAAUAUCGUUUGUCGAUUGAUUCGCUCAACGCUCAAACCAGUUACCAAGCGCAAGCCGAAGGAUAUUCCCGUGGCUCCUACCACAUAUCAACACACGAAAGACACAACAUACAGCAACAAAACACACACCAACAAGCACCGCUCGCUUUAUCGAGGACGCGGCGCGUGAGCACACGUUUUUAUCGAUCCGUAGAGGAAAAUCAGGAAGUGCCACACAGCUCCUUCCGACGUCCGCCAGCGAGAACAUACCGAUGAAAACAGACCAGUCACACUUGUACGCUUGGUAAACGGACAGACCGUAAGGCAAGGAAAGGAAGCAACACAAAAAGCACAGGAAGCCCUCCAAACCAAGGCAAGCCACCGUCUCAUAUGCGAGUAAAUGAGUUCGACGCUCGAGAUCAUCGUGUCCCCGUCUGUCUAAUGUGUGACGCCUGCAGGCAGUAGAAAACCGGCUCCCAAAAAAGGAAACAAAUCCUUAUUUUGCCAGCAUUAGUUUCAAGUUCAUCGCGAUCGCGUAAAGCAGAAGGCGCUUUAUACCUCCUGCACUGUGACAGCACAGCAUUAUUCGUAUUUGGGUAGAGCAAAACCAAUCGCCAUCGACGUCGUCGUCGUCGUCGGUGUACGUUGCAACUGAGUGGCUUCGUGGGACCAUGUGCGCGAUCUGUACUGCCGUGCCGGAGAGUGACAUCUUUGUGCUGAGAUAGCAUAGAUACGCGCCCCUCGUAGCCUUUGUCGCGCAGCUGAUAAGCGCCGACCACCAGCCGUUCCUGUCCCGUCCUUCUUCGUGCGCUCGCAGCUUAUCAACAUCAUCGGUAGCGCCGAUCGUUCAUUGCCACCAACACCGCCAACUAAUAUAGCAUAACAAGAGUGCGCGGUCACCCGCACAAUAACACCGGCACACACGCGUGUCCAUUACCUCCCACCACCCGGAACGUGGGUAGGUGCAAGGGGUGGGGAUUUGCCAGCCGGGCACAGCACAACCCCUCUCUCUCUCUCUCUGUAAGCCGCACACUAACACCAACGUCGGCAAUCGCACACGGCCCAUCAUUACCGCGGUUACGGUGGUCGUUGUAGAAGCGCGUCGCUGUGCCGCGGCAGCCACCGAUUGCGUGCCGGCAGUCGUUGAAGGCAUCAUUGGCGGCGUGCUUGCAUUCUCGUGUGCGAGCUACUCCGAGCUCCGGCACCGUGCCUCAGUCAGUCUGAUUGCGCGUCGGAGUGUCACACGGGUGAAACCUCCCUGACGGUGGUCCCAACCAGGGCACGAGGGUGCGUGUGUGUAGCGUGUAAGCUGUGAUAUACAUGAUGCCACUGACGGAAGGAUCGGCCUCGGCCGAUCGGUUCUCGGCGGCGGGAUCUGCAGCUGGAUCGACGUACGACGUUCCAGGCGAGCUGGACACGGCGCUUACCGACCGUGACCAACAUCGUCACGGUGAUCCAGCUGCCUUGCCAACCGCUGCCGAUGAGACCGAUCGGUCGACGGUACCGUGUUUAAACGAAACUCCCCGCAUACUACCGGAAGCCGAAGAGGAGGACGGGCCAACGGCAGUACAGAUCAAGAAAGCGCGUAAGUCCACACUAUUCCAAACGCAAAACCAUCAUCCACAUCACCGGUCGCACCACCGGUACGAUAUCGAGCAAGAAAAGUCGCAUCCUGACGCUGUAUCCACUUUAGCGGAGCUGUUGCAGGACUCCGGUCUCCAGGCGUCCGUGCACGACAUCCUGAACGAUGGCGAGGAGGACCAGAUGUUUAUCACCGGGUACGAGCGGUGCCUGCGCAAAACGUUCCUGUGCUACGUCGGCUUCCUGCUUACGUUCGGCAUCCUGCGGUUGGUGAUGCAUUGGCGGCGCCAUUGGUUACUGCUCGCGACGCACCGCGAAUGUUCGCUCGAGCACGCCGAAAAGGUGCUGAUCCACGAGGCAUACCAGCGCAAGCACGAUCUGUACUACGUGAAGGACGUUAUUACGCUCAGCGGUGAUGUUAUCAGUGAAAUUCUGGAUGAAAAGAAGAAACCAACCACAACCAACGCUCGUAACGUGAUCAAGGAGCUGACGCAGAAUGGAAUUACGGAUUACGUCGGGUUCUUCCGUUCGCUAAACCCGUUCCAGGUGGCUUACCAUCGCACCGGUGGACGAUUCGAGCAUGCGAGCACGAUGCGUUACUUUUGCUGCAAGAAGCUACGGUACAUAUGGUGCGAUCUGACCAAGCGAUUCAUCAAACUGCAGGGUUUGGACGUGGAGGUCCCGAGCGUACUGAUCCACCACACGAAGGGAUUGUCCGUGUACGAGCAGAGCAUCCGCCGCUUGAUCUACGGAAGUAACGAAAUCUUCAUCCCGCUGCGCAGCGUACUAACGCUGCUGUUUCUCGAGGUGCUCAAUCCGUUCUACGUGUUUCAGAUAUUCUCGGUGGUAUUGUGGUUUUUCUACGAGUACUACUACUACGCGGUGGUGAUCGUACUGAUGAGCGGGUUCGGCAUUACCGUUUCGAUCAUACAGACGCAGCGCAACCAGCGCGCACUCUACUCCACCGUCAAGAGCACCGACACGGCGAUGGUGGUGCGGGACAGCAUGGAAUCGGAAACGAUCGAGACACGUUUUCUGGUGCCGGGUGAUGUGCUGGAAAUACCCGCUACCGGUUGUACCAUGCAGUGCGACGCGGUUUUGCUAUCGGGCAACUGCAUUCUGGACGAAUCGAUGCUGACGGGUGAGAGUGUGCCGGUCACAAAGACUCCGCUGCCGCUUAAGCGUGACCUGAUCUACAAUCGGAAGGAGCACGCGCGCCAUACGCUUUUCUGCGGAACCCGCGUCAUCCAGACGCGCUACAUCGGUAGCGAGAAAGUCCUGGUGAAGGUACUGAACACGGGCAACAUCACGGCGAAGGGUGGUUUGAUCCGUUCCAUUCUAUAUCCGCCCCCGGUGGACUAUAAGUUUGAGAAGGACUCGUACAAGUUCAUUACCGUGCUGGGUGUGGUGGCGUUCUGUGGUUUCGUCUAUACGCUGUACACCAAGAUAAACCGUAGUAUCGGAGCAGUUAAGAUAAUUGUCGAAUCGUUGGAUCUGAUCACGAUCGCUGUACCGCCCGCCCUACCGGCUGCGAUGACCGUUGGGCGUAUGUACGCGCAGAAACGCUUGAAGCGGAGCAACAUUUACUGCAUCUCGCCCCGCGCAAUCAACGUGUCGGGCAGUAUCGAUUGUGUGUGCUUCGACAAGACCGGUACGCUGACGGAGGAUGGUCUGGAUAUGUGGGGCGUACUGCCAAAGGAUUCGACCAACAGUUUCCAGAUUCCGCUGAAAGACAUUGCCCGGCUGCCGAUGACUGACCAUCUACUGUUCGGUAUGGUAACUUGUCAUUCGAUUACGUUCGUAAAGGGUGAGAUGCGCGGUGAUCCGCUUGAUCUGAAGAUUUUUGAGUCGACCGGGUGGAUUCUCGAGGAGGCGAAUGUGUCCGACGAAACCAAAUACGACAUGCUGUUCCCGACGAUCGUGAAACCCCCGCGUGGUGAUUCGCGUGAUGAGCUUAACCUCGAGCUGGAUGUGGCGUAUGACAAUUCCAACGAUAUCGGUAUCGUGCGCGAGUUUUCCUUCACCAGUGCGCUGCAACGGAUGUCGGUAGUAACGCGCAAGGUGUCGGACAAUCACUUCAACGUGUACGUGAAAGGUUCACCCGAGAUGAUCAGCUCGCUGUGCCGUCCCGAAUCCAUACCGGAAGAUUUCCAAUCGAAACUAGGUUUCUACGCACAGCAGGGCUACCGAAUCAUUGCGAUCGCGUACAAACAGCUGGACAAGAAGCUAAACUAUCCGAAGGUUCAAAAAAUAGCCCGCGAAAAGGUGGAAUGUGAAUUGGAAUUUUUGGGAUUUGUAAUUCUGGAAAACAGGCUAAAAGCGGACACGGAAGAGGUGAUUGAAAGCUUGAAUGCAGCCAGCAUUCGCUCGGUAAUGGUAACGGGCGACAAUCUGCUCACGGCGGCGAGUGUCGCACACGACUGCGGUAUGAUACUGCCCGGUCAGAACCUGGUGACGGUGACAGCGCACGCUGACAAAGCGAACCCGGACCACUACUUCCUGUCGUACGAUAUUACCGGUCAGGCACAGCUCACACAGUCCGACAUCAUUAACGAUAACCAGAUGGUGCCGGAUGGUAAGCCGGACGGUGCGCAUAAGGUGAAGGAAAAUGGUAACUACGCACUCAUGACGGAAUCGAACAGCAUUAGCAGUUCGAUCGACACGUGCACGAUCUCGACCCAAUUGAGCACAAACUUCGAUAAGGACCAUCACUCGCACCGUAUCAUGAUCGAGGCAGAUCACGAUUGCAACUCCAUUGCGGACAUUAAGGUGGCGAACGGCGUUACGUCCGAUCCGUUAGCACUUGCAAAGUCGUCAGGUUCGUUCUGUUUUGCGCUGACGGGCAAAACGUGGGCUAUCAUCAACGAAUACUUCCCGGAGCUGGUGCCCACCAUUACCUCGUUCGGGACAGUGUUUGCCCGGAUGUCCCCGGACCAGAAGCAGCAUCUCAUAAUGGGGCUGCAAAAUCUCGGCUACUACGUGGCGAUGUGUGGCGAUGGGGCGAACGAUUGUGGUGCGUUGAAGGCGGCCCACACGGGCAUCUCGCUUUCGGAGGCGGAAUCAUCCGUCGCGUCACCGUUCACGUCCAAGAACCCAACCAUUGCCUGUGUGCCGAACGUGAUAAAGGAAGGUCGGGCCGCGCUGGUUACCUCGUUCGGCAUAUUUAAGUUCAUGGCUGCAUAUUCGCUUGUGCAGUUUGCCUCCGUGGUAAUACUGUACUCGAUCGACUCGAACCUGACGGAUUGGCAGUAUCUGUACAUCGAUCUGUUCAUCAUCUCGAUUGUGGCAUUCUUCUUCGGUAAAACUUCCUCGUACGAUGGACCGUUGGUGAAGCAAACCCCGUCCAACUCGCUGAUAUCGCUGGCGCCAUUGCUGUCGCUGGCACUGCACAUGAUCGUUGCGAUCGGCAUUCAGAUGGCCGGUUGGUACCAUGUGCAAGCGCAACCAUGGUUCGAACCGUUCAAUUACACCUCCGACCGGGAGUUGAAUGAUCACGGGUGCUACGAAAAUUAUACCAUCUUUGCCAUCUCCUGCUACCAGUACCUAAUACUGGCGAUCGUCUUCUCCAAGGGCGCACCGUACCGGAAGUCCAUCUUCUCCAACUACGGCUUCAUCAUCAGCAUCGUGGUGAACACGGCGAUUGCGAUUGUGCUGACCGUGUAUCCGCCCACCUGGAUAGCGGAGCAGUUCGAGCUGGUGAUGCCGCCCGAGGGCGAGUUCCGAUUCCGGCUGUACCUCGUGGCGUACGGGCUGAUAAACUUCCUUCUCUCGCUAUUCAUCGAGCAUGUGAUUGUGGACGAGCUGGCAUUCAAGCGGCUACGGUACCGUUGGCACAACGUUGCCAAAUCGCGCCGCAAGUACUUACAGAUACAGCAAAACUUCCAGCGCGAUAUCCAUUCACCGAGCGACUUUAAAACCGUGUACGGGUGGUCGAACGAAAAGUAUGAUUACUGACGCCACCUUCCUGUUGGUGCUGCGGUGAAUGAUAGUGAUGCUAGCGGCGGCGGUGCGAAGAUCCUAGCAUCGGCACUUCCAAUCGCGUGGCUGCUACUUGGGGUGGCGGUCAUGGUCGUAUGCCAUUGGAAGGCUGCGGGCUAUUACAACAGGGAAGCCAAGCUGCGGUAGCACACUUCCACGCACCAUGCACAGAUUGUACGACAGCUUUGUGCCUGUAUCCUUACCGGUACGCUUCCGGCACGUAAUGAAAAAUGGCAAAGUGUUAAACCAAAAUUGUUGAUACUGUUUUGUGAUAUAUGUAUGAAUUUUACACGCUUUCUAGCGUGUGGCUCGGGGGACACCGAAGACGCAUUACGGUUAGGGUGUACCAUCGACGGAAGAAAGGAGGAAAUCUACCAGAAAUAUCCAAUGUUACGAUUGAACGACAAUAAUGAGCUGAAAGGGCUGUUGCUGUACCACCACCGGACCGAAUCGACUACCACCUCCGUGGACGGUACACCCUGGUUGUCCCUAACGGAUUUGUCUACCGACGUAUAUAUUUGUUUACGUGGAGAAGUGGGGGUUAUUCCCCAAGGAACUAUUAAGGGCCUUUGCGUGCAAGGUGCUGUGCGAAAUGGAUAUGUAGAUAUAUACACACAAGUAAAGCCCGUAUUGAUCGAUCUAUCAGCAGCAUUGAGUAUUGUUUGAGGGUGCGAUUGAAGGACGAAGAAACUAGCGAGAAGGUGUUGAGUGGGUACCGAUCGUGUCGAUAGUUAUUGCGUAGCGAUUUGUAAUACAAAUUUACAACAAAAAAAUGGUGGUCGGAAGCGACAAAACAACACACACACACACAGGGGUUUAGGACGAACGAUUAGUCAGUUCCGUUCUGUAUUUGAUAGUAGUUGUUGUAAGGAGCGUGUUACAUAAUAUAAAAACGCUGCACACAGGUUUUUGUAGUUCAGGAAGGGUAGUGAACGACAUCUUUCCUACCGGUAGAAAGUAGCUCACGCUAAUAGAUAGGAUCCAAAGGCAUAUAGUCUUGAGGACGAAUCUUCUUCCCUCUUCUAGUAAUGUCUUUCUGCCACUUACACCUUAGUUUAAAUGAAAAUUGUAUAUUAAAGCAUGCGCUUGGGGAAAAGUUUUAGUGAGUAGAACAUUUAAAAUCCUCUAUUCGUUAGAAUUACGCUAAAACGUACUCCUAAAUCGUUCUAUCUUUACACAUUUACUAAAAAAAAGCAAACAUACAGUUCCGAUACAGGCAGUCGCCGAGAUACGCGGAUUCGAAGAUACGCGAUUUUUGGAAAUUUAACAGCUGAGCAGGUUUAUAACACAAAAUCAUAGCAGAAAGGUGAACAUUUGGUGGGAAUAACCUAUUUUUUGUUUUACAAACCAUUUGUUUUUAACUUAUUUUAAUGUAAACUUUCUAAAAACCGCCAGAGACGGGAGUCGACUCUGUGACUUUGAAGUAUAAACGAAAUUGCACCAGGAUUCGACUUACGCGAAAAUUUCAGUUACACGGAUUUUUCCGGGGUUAUAGCGGUCCGCUCUAAUAGCGUAUCUGGGGGGACUGCCUGUACUGAUUUUUUUCUACGCACUAUAACCACCACUAUUCUCACAGUCUUAUGCAAUGGUAAAGGCAGCGAAAAACCCGCAAUAGCGCGCACGUUAUGCAGAACCGAGCAAAUCAGGCAAGAAAAAGCACCGUAAUUGGACGGUUAGAAAUUGUGCGGGUCUUAAAGACCACCAUACCAAAUGAAUGUUAAGGGACAGGAUUAGUUCGUUCAUACUCAAAAGUAAUAGUGCAAAAGGAAAGGAACAGCGAACCGCAAAGUUAAUCUACUUAGGGAAGGGCCAAGGUGUUAGUAUGCUGGAGCAUAAGUGCACAAAACGCACGAACAGCAAAGGAUGUGUUAACGCAGAUACAGCAAGCAGUAAAUACUUACGCCAGUUUGGGAAACCUGUGCCAUGGCACAAUAUGUAGAAGGCACAAGGAACAGAACUGCACAGCACUUCGGGACACGGUGUUCGGAUGGGAAUAACAGUAAGAAUCAUCGGGAAAUGGCCGAUCCACAGCAUCAUUCUACCGCAAGUUUAACGAUGAAAAGUAGCUGCAUUGCUGCCACGUCUAUUUAAUGCGCCUAGUUUUGCCAGUUUUAGCAGCCUGUUUGGGAACUUCUUAUGUAUUGCUUUACUUAAUACACCUCAGCCGCCGCGCAAGGAAAAGCGAGAGGUUUUUAGUUGGAAAAUAUGUGUUAGACUCAUAAAGUAUAUUUAAAAAUGUACAGCAUAUGUGACCUAAGUAUUGGAGGUUGUGGGUGUUUUGAACGUAAGAGUGGAACUAGUUAAAUUGAAUUGACAUCGUUAUACAAACGCCGUGCGGUAAAACAAGCACUCAGCUGGAUCAUUUGCCCGGGGGAAAAAAACAGUUCCAGCGUGCGUUAGCGAGAAUUGAUUCAAAAUCAGUUCACAGUUGUACAAUAAAUUAUACGCAUUUUGUUUGUGAAGCAUUUGGUUGUUGACAAGUUUGCAAAAGAAAAGGAACACAAACUUUGAAAUUGCGAAUGCUGCCUGCAUGUAUGACAUGUACGAACGAUUGAAAUCAAUAGUUUUUAGGACAAAGGUACUCUUUGACGAAGGUGCUAUAAAUGCCAUGAAAGUUGACGUUAGCAAAACGCUAAUUGGCAAAUCGAUUUUGUGUCUCUCCUGUAUAUAAGCAACAGCAACAUGUAGGCGGGCGUUACAUUUAACGAAAUAAAUCGAUUCUACAAUGUGUAAC